AUGUGGAUCUAUCUAUCUAUCUAUCUAUCUAUCUGCAUUUUUUAUAGAAACUUUAAUAUAAGUACCCGCAAAUUUCCUAAUUCAAAGAUAAUUGUAUAUGGGUAUCAUUCUUUCUCUCCCCCUCUCUCUCUAUCUCUUUCUUUCUAUCUCUCUUUCUUUCUUUCUCUCUUUCUUUCUUUCUCUCUCUCUUUCUUUCUUUCUCUCUUUCUUUCUUCCUUUCAUUCUUUUGUCCUUCCGUUCUUUCUUUCUUUCUUCCUACAUAUAUCUUUUCAUUGUUCCAUUUUCUUUUACGGGCUUCUUUCUCAUGACUGCCUUCAUUUUCUUCUUUCUAGCGCCGCUUCAAUUUUUACAUUUUUCUUUUAUAAUAUUUUUAUUCAUUCUUCUAUUGCAAUUCUUAGAUGUUUUGAUAUUGUUUUCUUUUUUAUAAAUUCUUAUUCGUUCCCUCGUCUUCUUUCUUACAUUUUGUAUCUUUCUUGUGACUUUCUUUAUUAUAUUUUAUUGUUUAUCUCUUCAAGUAUUACACUUAUAUUUCUGAAAACUUUUAUCUGUUCUUUGUUUGAAAUUCAUUGUCGCUUUGCUCAAUCGUAUGUCUUUCUUUAUAUUUUUAAUUUAUAG